UUUGUAAAUAUCUCUUUCUCUCAUGUGAUCCUUUUUCUGAACUUGUGGCAGGAGUUUGCACCAUCCGAUGAAGAGUUGGAAGCCUAUCGAAAGGGUGAAGAGUGGGACCCACAACUAGCCGAGGAAAAGCGUAAAUUGAAGGAGCAGGCCCAGAGGGAGGCAGAGUUGGAAUCUCAAAAGGGCCCAAAAGAAGUGUGUCCCAGCAGCAAUUACCGUGAUAAAUACAGCCAUCUGAUUGGCACAGCAGCCGCCAAAGAUGCUGCACACACUCUAGAGGCCAAUAAAGCCUAUGGCUGUGUACCUGUAGCAAACAAAAGGGACACACGCUCCAUAGAGGAGGCAAUGAAUGCAAUCAGAGCAAAAAAGCUGAAGAAAAAUGAGGAUGACUGUGCAGGAGCAAGCAGCUCCUAAGAGAGGGUAUUCUGAGCCUUUUGCUCUUUGUUCUGCCUACUUUAAAGGGCAAAAGUAUUCCUUUGUUCUUAUGUAUUAUAUGAGGACUUGUUUCUUUUAACCCUGUGAGAUACUAUCAUAUGCAAAACUCCUGUUAGAAAGAGUUCUGGAAGAUAACCAUGGACGUAGACAAGUUUUUUUUUUUUUUUCCAACCAGGAUCAUUGUUGACAGGUUUUGUUCUAGAAAAGGAAAAUGGUUAAAAACACAGUUGUAUGUUAAUAAUUCAAUUGCUCAGUUCUUUGAGCAGACCAGCACAAUAUAGUACCAUUGUGGUCUUAAAGAGUUUUAUUGAUUGAUCGACAUUUAAGAAUCAUUUUUUCUGAUUGUACCCUGAGUGAAACAUGAAGAAGGGAUCCCAUCCCUCCCUCUCUGGGAUCCCUCCAGGCUUGCUUUUUCCAAAGCAAGCACCAAGUGGAGCUUUUUUCCCCCCCUAAGUGUGACUGUCGGUGUUAAUGAAAACGGAGUAAGUCUGGUGGUGGUCAUAUGUACAUGCUUGUUUUAUUUUUUUUGUUAUUUAAGGAUUGCAUAUAAAUAUCAGGGGAAGAUGUCGGUUGGUUCCCGGUCUAAAAUUCUGAACUGAAAAGGAAAAAAAUGUAUAUUAAUUUUAGCUCUCUUAGAGCCUGUCCCUCACUUUUUUAAUUGAAAUGCCACAUCCAAAAAGCAUUGAAUGUAUUUCGGUCUAUUUUAAUAUAUAUAAAUAUUUUAAAUCCUAACACUAAUGUUUCUAAGAAUUAUACUGUACAGAAACAUUCACCUUUCAGGUAAUUUUUGUCAUACAUGUUGUUGCUCUUCAGAGCAGUUUAAAAAGAGUGACCUACAUUAGACGUUUCUUGAUUAAGCCAUCAAGCCUGGAGUUUGAGGAAAAUAAUUUCCAAUAAACACCUACGCUUGUUCUCUGUUUUUAAAGCAUUUACUUUAUUAUUAAAAUUUUAAAUUUGGCUUCUAAUUUGGGCCCCAAUUACUUCCCAUGUUUAGCAUUGUGUCUUGAUCUUUCUCAGGUACCCUAGAAUAUCUGACAGCAGGCUAAAUAUAUAGUAGAGUACCAUCACAAACACCGCAGCUAAGGCGGGCAUGCAGUCAUACUGAAUAGAUGUGUUUUGAGUGGUUUUGGCGUUUUUAUUUUGGUCUCCCUUCAGCCAUAAGAGACUGCUCUUUCUCGGCUAUUGGAGUUUAAGCGGGUGAUUGAAAAUGCAUAUCCUUUUGUAAAGGCAGUCAUUGUUUGCUUGUAAAUGACAACUAAUAUUGUCCUUUUAGGACUUGUGUAGUAAUAAAAUUGAUUCUACAUGACA